AUGUGCAAGCACUUCGAAGAAGGAUUAGACGAGGAUGUUAAACUAUUGAUUGGGAUCCUUGAGAUAAGAGAGUUUGCCGUGUUGGCCGACAGAGCCAAGAACGAUGAAGAGCUAAGUAAUGAAAAGAAACAAGCAGAGAGCACAGCUCGAGUUCUGUGUAAGAGAUUCAUGGGCAAGACAUAUUCAUCUCCCACAAAGAAAUCGAGAAGCCACCAAGAACGCUUCAAUUCAUUAGUGGGAUAUUUAGGUAAAACAAGAACCUCUAAGCGCCCUAAUUCACGGUCUUCAUAUCCUAUGACAACUAGUGUGAGGAGUGUGGGAAACCAAAAGCCGUGGUGUAACAGUUGUAACAAGUUUCACUUUGGAGAGUGCCAGAUGAGGAGCAGGGCAUGCUAUAGGUAUGGUUCUCUUGACCACUUUCUUAAGGAUUUCCCAGAACGAGAUGACAAAGAGGUUAAGCCAAACCCAAAAUCAAAUGGUCCUAUCUCUCGAGGUAGGCUUCCAAGAUGCCCUGAAAGUACUAAUGGUGGUUGUAGUGUUGCAAAGAACUCCACUGUAAAAUCAGAGGCUCAAGCCCCGGCAAGGACUUAUGCCAUACAUGCUAGAGAGGAAACCUCAGCUCCUGAUGUCAUUACGGGGUACAUUUUGUCUUUAUGA